UAACAGACACUGCUUGAUCCUGAAUGCAGCAGCCAGGGAGGAUAAGCACAUCCUGACAGACAGAGCCGACGGACAGCGAACGCACCGAAGCCGACAGCAGCCCACAGAUCUGGUAUGGAUAAUAAAGCACUAGAACCUGAUUCUGUAAGCCUCCCCAUGGAGGAGACCAUCAUUUGUAAUGGGGGUGGUCAGCCUCAGCCUCAGCAGCAGGACGCCUCCAUGCUGACUCACCUAAAGAAGGUUGAAAACCAGAUCACUGAAGCACAGCGCUUUUCCCACCUACCCAAACGCUCAGCAGUGGACCUGGAGUUUACCGACCUUUCCUAUACCAUCCAGGAGGGGCCGUGCUGGAAGAGGAGAGGUUUUAAAGCCUUACUGAAGUGCCUGUCAGGGAGAUUCUGCAGUCGGGAGCUGAUAGGAAUUAUGGGUCCUUCAGGCGCCGGCAAGUCUACAUUAAUGAACAUACUGGCUGGAUACAGGGAAACAGGGAUGAAGGGUCAGAUCCUGGUAAAUGGGAAACCCAGGGACCUGAGGAAAUUCAGGAAAAUGUCCUGCUACAUAAUGCAGGAGGACAUGCUGCUGCCACACCUCACUGCACGUGAGGCCAUGAUGGUUUCAGCCAACUUGAAGCUGGAUGAAGGCAUGGAUGUGAAGAAAGAACUGGUGAAUGAGAUUUUAACUGCCUUGGGGCUCUUGGACUGCACUCACACUCGUACCAGCUCCCUGUCAGGGGGUCAGUGUAAAAGGCUGGCCAUUGCCCUGGAACUGGUCAACAAUCCUCCAGUCAUGUUCUUUGAUGAGCCCACCAGUGGAUUAGACAGUGUGUCCUGCUACCAGGUGGUGUCACUAAUGCGUUCUCUGGCUCUGGGAGGACGGACCAUCAUCUGCACCAUCCACCAACCCAGUGCCAAACUGUUUGAGAUGUUUGACAAGCUUUACAUUCUCAGUCAGGGUCAGUGUAUUUACAAAGGCACCGUCCCUUACCUCAUCCCCUAUCUGAAGACCCUGGGCCUUUACUGUCCCACCUACCACAACCCUGCAGACUUCAUCAUUGAAGUGGCAUCAGGAGAGUACGGAGACUUGAACCCAGUGCUGUUUGAGGCCGUCCAAGGUGGAAUGUGUGCAUUAGAGGAGAAGAAGAAGCAGAGUGAGAACAACGGGCAGUCAGUCUGUGCAACAAAGUACCCCAAGGAUCAUGGACACAUAGAGAGCCACACUUUUGCCACGAGCACACUUACACAGUUCUGUAUUCUGUUCAAGAGAACGUUCAUAACUAUAUGCCGGGACCAGGUUUUGACCCACCUCAGACUGAUCUCUCACAUCCUCAUCGGAGUGUUAAUAGGCUUGCUGUACCUUAACAUUGGAAAUGAUGCCAGCAAAGUCUUUAAUAACACUGGAUUCCUCUUCUUCUCAAUGCUCUUCAUCAUGUUUGGAGCGCUCAUGCCAACGGUGUUAACCUUUCCUCUGGAGAUGUCUGUGUUCCUGAGGGAGCAUCUUAACUACUGGUACAGCCUGAAAGCUUAUUAUCUGGCAAAGACCAUGGCUGAUAUUCCAUUCCAGGUGAUCUGCCCCAUCAUGUACUGCAGCAUAGUGUACUGGAUGACAGAGCAGCCUCCUGAAGCCACUCGCUACCUGCUGUUUAUAGCCCUGUCCACCUGCACCGCCCUGGUAGCCCAGUCCCUUGGGCUCCUGGUGGGUGCUGCCUCCACCUCUCCACAGGUUGCGACAUUUGUUGGACCAGUCACAGCCAUCCCAGUGCUGCUCUUCUCUGGUUUCUUUGUGAACUUUGACACAAUCCCCAAGUAUCUACAGUGGAGCUCCUACGUGUCGUACGUCAGGUAUGGUUUUGAAGGUGUGAUACUGUCGAUCUAUGGGAUGAAUCGAACAGAGCUGGAGUGUCCGGGGAAAGUGUGUAAAUUCCAGCAGCCUGAAGAAGUCCUCCAGUUACUGGAUGUGGAAGAUGCAAAGCUCUAUAUGGACUUCAUUGUCCUGGGCAUAUUCUUCAUCAUCCUGCGACUUGCCACCUACCUUGUCCUGCGCUACAAGGUCAAAUCUGAGAGAUAGGUUCCACUUGGCUCAUGAGUCAAAACUAAAGUCCCUCCUUAAUGUUUCUUUUCUGUGCACAGGAAACAACUUUUCUCAUGUGGGAUUUGUGUUUUUUCAUUUAACAUAAUGCUGCUAAAAGGACAGAACAUCAUUUUAUGGUCUGUCCUACUGCCAACAGCUGUGGAGGGCAGUGACUGACGGUGCAGAAAAAGCAAAGUCAUCUCUUAAAUUCAAAUACACCUGUUUUACCUCAGACAUCAGGACUGUGCACGAAGACAGAUCAAGCAGAGAGGAGGUCACCAGAUGAGGAGGCUGAGCCCUGGCUUAUACUGUACAUUUCAUAACCCUGCAAAAUAUUA